UAAACCACUACUGGUAAUGCCUAAGCAAGGUCUGCUGAUUAUAGGGUUCUUAAAUUUGAACACGAGCGUCAGAGAGGUUUGAGUAACUUCAGUUUAAGACUCUUUGUUCUUCCCCUAAUCGAAUCUUCCUGAUAGCGUCCUUCGGCGGACUUCUAUCCGGUAAUAUGACAGCAGUUUUUCUCAUGUUUCUUUGGCUCUGCAUUUCGCAUGUUAUUGCUCUUAACGAUAGCACUGCGCUAUGCUUCAAAUCCAGGCCAGACAUCUGUGCUCCUGUCUUGAAUGUGACCCAUUAUGAAGCUGGACAGGUUUCCCCGGGCUACCUGUUCGUAGCUCCUAUGCAUUUGCAAACUGGAUCAUCAUCAGCCCCAUACAUCUACGAUGGCUUUGGAGAGUUGGUCUGGUCAGGUGCGGGAAUCAACCAAGGUGAAGUGUACGAUUUCGGCCCAUGCCAAGUAUCCGGUGAGGUCAAGUUAUGCAUGCUAGACAUGCGUGAUGGCAACCCACCUCAAGCAACGGGCCCGGUCCUCAUCGUCGAUCAACACUUGAAAGAAGUGGAAAUUUUCGAACAGGUUGGGAGUACUCCAUGGUUUGAUGAACAUGAACUGAAGACAGUCGACAAUGGAAUUGGUAUCUUGACGAUUUUUUAUAAGCCACGAUCAUGGAAUCUGUCCAACCUAGGCGGUCCGUCUGCAGGAUACGUAAUUACCAGCGGUUUCCAGGAGAUUGACCUGGACACUCGCAGGGUCAACUUCUCCUGGGAUGCAUUGGAUCACGUCGACGUCGAAGAUUCGUAUAUGGAACUCGGCUCCACAGAGCAAUGGGGAGACGGUUCUAGUCAACGCACUGCAUGGGAUUACUUUCACUUGAACUCCAUCGACAAGAACAAAGACGGCGACUAUUUGAUAUCUUCGCGCCACACGAGCACGGUCUACAAAAUAUCGGGCAAAAAUGGCACUAUACUCUGGCGGCUGGGAGGCAAAGCAUCCGACUUCAACUUUGAGCCAGGUCUAAAUUUCAGCUCCCAGCAUCACGCACGGUGGCUAGUGUCGAAUGAGUCCGUUGAAAUUCUCUCGCUCUUCAAUAAUGCAUUUGACAAGUACCAUAAGACCGCGUUGUCAUCCUCCGGUCUUGUUUUGCAUCUAGAUAUGCAAACAAUGCAUGCGUCCCUUAUCAAUCGCUACCCUGCGCCACACGAUCUACUUUCAAAUAAGGAAGGCAGUGUGGACAUUUUACCAAAUGGGAAUGCAUUGUGUGACUGGGGUGCGUCGCCAUUCUUGAGCGAGCAUACGUGGGAUGGGUCUCGGGUCGUAUGGGAGGCUCAUUUUGCGGACCAGAAUGCCUUGACUUAUCGUGCCUACAAAGCGAAUUUCACUGCUACUCCAUCAUCCAAUCCGGAUGUCUUAUCUAUGGCACACACGAAAUCUGGACCAACUGUGUGGUACGUAUCGUGGAAUGGCGCGACAGAGGUGCGGUCCUGGAGAAUAUAUGCUUCAUACAACGGGCUGGAUGACCUGGAAUUGAUUGGUUGUUUCGAGAAAGACGGGUUUGAGACACAGAUUGAGACAGAUUCGUUUUUUGCUUGGGCAAUCAUCGAGGCUGUCGAUGGGGUAGGCAACGGGAUUCACAACACUACCUCGAGAGUCCGCGCAGCGCUUCCCUACACGCAUCUAAGUCAGGAAGUUGGUCAAGCAGUUUUAGCACCCUGACCUCGACUGGACUGUUUGCAGCAUUCUUAGCGAACUUUCUUCCGUGGAGACCUGCUCAGCACUAAGCGGGCUUUUUGUCUUGGUCUCAGUUUCUCAAGUGGACCGACCUGGUAAAGGACCAGAGUUCAUGCUAGCUGUAUUUACAAGUGGAUCCACAGGAUCGCAAACAAAUCAAGUCAGGGAGACGAUCUUCCUUUGUAAUAACCCUG